AUGAGAACUGAUUGGCGUACGACAAUUGGCCCACAGUUUUCUUUGUUGUUGGAUCUUUGUCAACUGGCUAAUAAUACAAUACACGAUGCUGUUCAUCGGUUUCUUCUGCAAUCAUUUGUCGCUUCAACUGUACUAAGUGAAGACAAUUUAAAUACACAAUUAAAUGCAACUUUCAACCAACUUUUUCUAUCAACAACUGUCAAUUUUGGAUUUCUUGCCGACAUAGUACAACUUCUUAUGCAAGUUGAUCAACCUUUUAUGGGAUCAGUACAAUUUAGUUUUACUUCAUUUGUUGCAAGCUUAAGUGCAGAUAUAACAACGAAUGGAAUGCUAAUUGAUUUAGCAACACCGAUAUCAUUUCUUUUGAACGGACCUACUGAUAUCAAUACGACCAAAAUCAACUGUAUUUGCGCAACAAAUUCUCAAUGUGAAGAUCCAGUCGCUAUCUACUUCAACGAUUAUACUAAUGACGCUGAUCAUUCCGAACCUGAGAUCACUCAUGUAAUUCCAGGAUCGGUAGCUGGCUGCUCUCCUAUUGAUUCUCUUCAACUUUCGACGCUUGAAUGUUUCUAUUCUGAUUCAGAUUGUUUUUCGGUCGUAAUGAGUAUCAUACAACAAACGUAUAUUAAUGCUGCUCCAGAUCCAAUGUGGUUUGAUGCACGUCCACUCAUUUAUGAUCCAACAUCGAGUCGCUUUCGUCCAAAUACCUCAGUUAAAAUGAUAAUUAACGACAUUAUGAUCGAACGAUGGAAUCCAUCUACUUCAUAUGAACAUUUUUAUGGAUUAUGUGCACCAAAUUACUGUACUUAUUCUCAAAAAGGUCAAAGGAAAACUAUUUUAGAAGUAGCAGUAGUAUUGGCAUCAUUAGUUGGUGGUCUUAUUGUCUCCUUACGUGUAAUUACACCUCAACUCGUAAAGUUCUUUAUUGGUUUGUUGGGAAUUAUAAACAAAAGACGCCAACAACAAGGGCAACAAAGAGGUACUUGUUGA